CGGAAAAUUUUAAAUUUACAAAAAUUAUAAUAUUUACUCUAAAUGACAAAAAAAUCAAUAUAAGCUGAAUAUACAUUUUAGUUAUAAUUUACUCUUAAUCAUUACCUUACAUUAUUAUACAUAUUAAAAUUCAAUUUUAAUUAUUGUUAUUGGGUGUCCCGUUGGUUUUAAGAAUAGACCAGCUUAAUCUAGCAAGUAUAGGUUAUGUUUUUAAUUGUUUUCAAUAUGAUAUUAAGAAACCAUUUAAUUCAAUGGAUUUUAAUUGCUAUAGUUUUCUUUACAUUACUUUAUUUAAAAAUGAAAGUAAUAAAUUUAGAAGAAAAAAACAAAUUAUUACAUGAAGCUGUAAUUAAAAUCAACUCUCAAAAUAAACAAGAUAUUCCUUAUACACAAGUAUAUAAUAAGCAAUCUCAGUUAGAUGACAUUAUUGUAAUAUACAAUAGAGUACCUAAAACAGGUUCAACAAGCUUCGUUGGUGUAGUUUAUGAUUUGUGUAAAAAGAACAAAUUUCAUAGCUUACACAUUAAUGUUACUAAUAAUAUGCAUACUUUGACACUCGCUAAUCAGAUUAAAUUUAUACAUAAUAUAACAGAAUGGAGUGUUCUAAAACCUGCGUUCUAUCAUGGACAUAUAGCCUUUUUAAACUUUGAAAAAUUCGGUGUUCAGCAAUUUCCAAUUUACGUAAAUUUAUUGAGAAAACCUUUAGACAGAUUUGUUUCUUAUUAUUAUUUUCUAAGAUACGGUGACAAUUUUAGACCUCAUCUUAUAAGAAAGAAACAUGGUGAUACCAAGAGUUUUGACGAAUGUGUUCUACUUCAACAAGCAGACUGUGAUCCAAAUAAUAUGUGGAUUCAAAUUCCUUUCUUAUGCGGACAUGAUCCAGCUUGUUGGGAAGUUGGCAAUAAAUGGGCUUUAGAUGAAGCGAAACGUAAUCUACAAAAGCAUUAUUUAUUAGUUGGAGUAACUGAAGAAUUAGGCGAUUUUAUACAAAUACUUGAAUUUAUAUUGCCACGCUUUUUUAAAGGAGGACAUGAUCUAUUUUUGCAUAACAACAAAUCUCAUUUGCGACAAACUACACAAAAAAUUGAUCCUCAACCAGAGACUGUGGAGAAAAUAAAAAAAUCUGUAGUAUGGAAGAUGGAAAACGAAUUAUAUAACUACGCUCUGGCUUACUUUCAUAAUAUAAAAAGAAGACUUUUAAGUGCUUCCAUCCAAGAUACAAACCAACGUUUUAUGUAUGAAAAAAUUCGACCAAAAUAAAUUAAAAUUUUAAUUUUUACACUCA